UAAUUAGUCGAGUGGUGCCUUCUAAAGUAAGUGGCUGUUUCUAGUUCUGUGUGCGCCACAGCCACUUUUUCUUCAUCGUAGUCAGUCGUUCAUAUAUAUAUAUUUUUUUUGUGUCUUUGGGGCUAUUUCGUGGUGUUGGUGUUUGCUGCGUUUGCGGGAAUUAUGCUCGUCUAGCUGCGUCGGCGAGUCGAACAUUCAGUCCGCUCCAGUCGAUCCAUAGUGUUAGAUCGCUUUAGGAAGCCCGUCGUACCCGCACAACGCGUCAGGGUUGAUGGGGUUUGGCAAAGGCAAAAAAGUCGCCUUUUGUUAAUUUCGAAUAUAGUUUGCGUUCGUUAUGUAGUUUAAAGAACAAAAAGAAAAAAGAGAAAAUUAGUUAAAUGAAUGAAAAUUAAAACAACGAAAAAUACCAGAACUUUUUAAUGUUUAGUUUUUUAAGUUAAACAUAUGUUUUGAAAAUUUAUCGAACUCUAGAGUGGCAACGAAUAAAAAGCAGUUGACUGUAAAAUUGAAAAAGAGUUGGGAAAAGUGAAAGGAGCGUGUAUAUAGAGCGUGGGCAUGAUGGAGCCCCACUGGAAGCGGCUGAUUUUCGCCGCUGCAAUAGCUGGAGCAUUAAUGAGCGCAGAUGCGCAAUUUUGGAAAAAUACAGAUACUGGUGCGAUCUACAACCCACCCAAUCAUUACAGAGAUGAAUCAACACCUCCGCGUUCCCCAAUAGACGAUAGUUAUGCGAUUAUCGAUACUGUAACCUCAAAUCGUCAAGGACCGCCAAGAAAUUGUACAUCCGGCACAGUUGGAUGCAUUCCAAAAUGUUUCGCGGAAAAGGGUAACCGUGGUUUUCCCGGUGAAGCUGGACCCCCCGGACCGACGGGCUUGCCUGGUUAUCCAGGUCCUGAAGGUCCACCCGGCGAUAAGGGCCAAAAAGGCGAUCCAGGUCCGCUAGGUCCUCGCGGUUAUAAGGGCGAACGAGGUGUUCCCGGUAUUCCUGGUAUGCCUGGAGUACCUGGCGUACAAGGUAUUUCCGGAAAUCCCGGUACUACUGGUGCGCCUGGAAAAGAUGGUUGCGAUGGCCAAGACGGUAUACCCGGUCUACAAGGUUUGAGUGGUAUGGCUGGUCCGCGCGGCUAUCCAGGCCAGCCUGGCGUUAAGGGUGAGAAAGGUGAACCGGCAAAGGAAAAUGGAGAUUAUGCUAAAGGUGAAAAGGGCGAACCCGGUUUUGCUGGGCGUUCUGGCAAUCCAGGCCCUGAAGGUCAACAGGGUCCUAAGGGCGAUCGAGGUGAUACUGGGCCGUAUGGUCCAUCGGGUCCUCGUGGUGAUCGUGGUUUGAAAGGUGAAAAGGGUGCACCAUGCUUUGCUCCACCGCAACCUGGCAAAAAAGGUGAAAAGGGCGAGAAAGGAGAACCUGCAUCCGUGAAACACUCAACUACCGAGCAAACCAUAAUGGGAGAAAAAGGUGAAAGAGGCGAAAAAGGUGAUUCAGGUACACCUGGACCCAAAGGUGAUCCUGGUUAUACUGGAGAAACAGGACGAGAUGGUAUGAAGGGUGAAAAAGGCUUGCCGGGCGGUCCUGGCGAUAGAGGACGUCAAGGUAAUUUCGGACCCCCUGGACCAGCCGGUCAGAAGGGUGACCGCGGCGAGACUGGCUUAAAUGGAUUGUCUGGUAAACCGGGUCAAAAGGGUGAACCAGGUCUUCCAGGUAGGCCCGGAGAACGUGGUUUGCUAGGUCCUCCAGGUCCACCUGGGGGCGGUCGAGGCUCUCCCGGCGCACCUGGCCCCAAAGGCCCACGUGGAUACACUGGUUCGCCUGGUCCAAAAGGAUUGGAUGGUGUUGAUGGUCCUCCUGGUCUACAGGGUUUCCCCGGCCCUAAGGGUGGCCCAGGUUUACCUGGCCGUCCUGGUGUUGAAGGCCCACCUGGUGAUAAAGGAGAGAAAGGUAAUGCAGGUCGCACAGGUCCACCCGGCCCCGUUGGUCCCAUGGGUCAUACUGGACCACCAGGACCUGAAGGACAGAAAGGUGAACCCGGAUAUCCAGGCAUUGGGGAAGUUGGCCCUAAGGGUGACGAUGGUACUCCCGGUAUUCCUGGUCUGAAGGGUCAAAAAGGUGAACGGGGUUUCAAAGGUAAUGCUGGCGCUCCUGGUGAUUCUAAAUUUGGACGUCCUGGUUCACCUGGUCGUGCAGGCCUGCCUGGCCAAAAGGGAGAUCAAGGCCGUCCUGGUUUUCCCGGCCAGAAAGGUGACAUGGGUCUCAAAGGUGAUGCUGGUGGUAAAUGCUCGUCCUGCCCUCCUGGUUUCAAGGGCGAUAAAGGUGAUCGCGGUUUGGAUGGUAUUCCUGGCCAACCUGGCUUACGUGGUCCCCCCGGAGCUCUUGGUGCACCUGGCGAACGUGGCGCUGAUGGAAUCGCUGGUAUGGAUGGACCACCCGGUGAAAAGGGUGAAGAUGGCAGGGACGGACUUCCUGGAGCUGAAGGUCCCGCUGGUAAAGAUGCAAUUGUCGACUUAAGUCUUGUCAGGGGAGAGAAAGGUGAAAAAGGUGAUAGAGGUUAUCCUGGUGCACCCGGCUUAAAAGGUGACCGUGGUGAAGCCGGAUUUCCUGGUAUCAGCGGCGUUAAAGGAGAAAUAGGUGCUAAAGGUGACAAAGGUUUCCCAGGUCCACCAGGUGUGGACGGCAUACCUGGAAACCCAGGACGCGAUGGACGUGAUGGUCUCCCCGGCUUAAGCAUCAAGGGUGAACCUGGUCGCCCAGGUCGCGAUGGAAUUAAGGGAGACAAAGGUACCUCUGGAUAUUCUGGACAAAAGGGAGAUCCAGGAACUUGUGACGCCGCCAUGUUGACAGUGCCAGCUAAAGGAAACAAAGGUGAUCGAGGCAUACCUGGAAUGCCAGGUCCAAUGGGCCCCAUGGGUGACAAAGGUGACCAAGGAUUUCAAGGACUGAAAGGUGAAAUGGGUCCACAAGGUCCGGUGGGACCUGUAGGACCACGAGGUUUAACUGGUCCGCGUGGUGAGAGGGGUAGUCCUGGUGUUAUGGGAGCCCCUGGAAACCCUGGAAAAGAUGGACUUAGAGGACCCCCUGGAAGGAAUGGGGAACGCGGCCAAAAGGGAGAACAAGGCAUCUCAGUUGCUGGUCCCCCUGGACCACAAGGCCGCGAUGGCUUAUCUGGUCUUAAAGGAGAUCGAGGAGCUCCUGGUGCUUAUGGUCCACCUGGUCCAGAUGGAGCUGUUGGAUAUCCUGGUGACAAAGGUGAUGCCGGUCUGCCUGGCGCAACUGGUUUGACUGGAGCCGUCGGCCCUAAAGGUGAUACUGGCCCACUGGGACCACCAGGACCUCAAGGUCCACCUGGGAAACCUGGUGUGGAUGGUGUGCAGGGACGUGAUGGAGCAAAGGGCGAACCUGGAAACCCAGGGUGGGUUGGCAUGCCCGGAUCUAAAGGCGACCGUGGUGCUCCUGGCAAUGAUGGACCUAAAGGUUUCCCUGGCGCUAAUGGACCCCCUGGAAAGCGUGGCGCUCCUGGUCCUGCCGGUAUUCCUGGUACGAAGGGAGACAAAGGUGAAAUUGGUUUGACUGGUAAUGACGGUUUAACUGGCCCAAGAGGACCUCCCGGCGCUCCUGGCCCAAUGGGCAUUAAAGGUGAUAUUGGGCCACAAGGCCUUCCUGGAACUGACGGUCGUCCUGGCUUGGAUGGAGAAAAGGGUGCUCAAGGUUUACCCGGUUUCGAUGGUGCACAAGGUUUACCGGGUGACGCAGCUGAAAAGGGACAAAAAGGUGAACCUGGCUUAUCUGGAUUGCGUGGUCCUGAAGGUCUUCCUGGUGCACCUGGAUUGCCUGGCGAAAAAGGUUUUCCGGGUAUGUCUAUUCACGGCAGCCCUGGUGCGAAGGGUGACAAGGGUGAUCGAGGACGUGAUGGCAUUGAUGGUCGCGAUGGCAUAUCUGGAGCAAAGGGAGAAGCGGGAUUCCCUGGCAUGAAUGGACAAAAAGGUGAUAAAGGUGACAUGGGCUUACCUGGUGCACCAGGAGCUCCUGGCUUAGAUGGAAGGCCUGGAGAAACAGGCACGCCUGGCCCUGUUGGCUAUUCUGGCGCUAAGGGAGACAAGGGAGAUCACGGUUAUCCAGGUCUGCAGGGUGUAAAAGGUGACAAGGGUGCUACCGGCUUUCCCGGUUUAUCUGGGCCUCUGGGACCGAAGGGCGAACGCGGUUUUCCUGGUCAAAGCGGUCGUGAUGCUCAACCUAUCACCAUUAAAGGAGACAAAGGAGAAAUGGGUGAAUUUGGUGUGGUUGGUUUGCCUGGUCCAAUUGGACUUAAAGGUAAUCAAGGUUUGCCCGGAUUGAGCGGACAAAAGGGCGAACGUGGUCUGCCUGGUCCACUGGGCAUACCUGGCUUAAAUGGCGCACCUGGUUUAAAGGGCGAUCAAGGCCCUGUUGGCGAGCCCGGAGCACCUGGACCUGCAAUUAAAGGAGAAAAAGGUUUACCUGGAAGAUCUGGAAAGAACGGACGUGAAGGUGCUCCUGGUUCUAUUGGACAAAAAGGCGAAAAAGGACUUCCUGGUCUCGCUGGCAUGCCUGGUUUGGUUGGUCUGCCUGGUCCCGUUGGCCCAUCUGGUCCAAAAGGUGAACGUGGUCAAAUGGGACUUCCCGGACGUGAUGGUGCUGAUGGUUUACCUGGUGCGCCUGGCUUGAAGGGUGAUAUGGGUUUCCCAGGUCCUAAAGGAGAACGAGGUUUGGCUGGUUUCGAAGGACAAAAGGGUGAAAAAGGAGAACAAGGUAUACGUGGUCCACAAGGUUUACCGGGUCUCAAUGGUAUGAAAGGCGAUCGCGGUUUCCCAGGUUUAGAUGGAGCACCUGGACCAGUUGGAGCGCCUGGUGAAAAGGGAUCAACUGGACCUAAAGGUCGCGAUGGCCGAGACGGCGUACCUGGAUUAUCUGGCCAAAAAGGUGAACCUGGUCUAGUACCCCCACCAGGACCUAAAGGUGAACCUGGACACCCAGGUCGCGACGGCGAGAAAGGAGAUCGUGGUCCACCAGGCCCCCGUGGUUUGAUUGGCUUACAAGGUGAACGUGGCGAGAAAGGUGACAUGGGUUUGACUGGUCUCAUUGGUCAAAUAGGACGGCCCGGACCUAAAGGUGAACAAGGUUUCCCAGGCCCACAAGGCCGUGACGGUUCGCCGGGUCUGCCCGGCCCACAAGGAGACACGGGUGCCGCUUGCACAGCAGCACAAGAUUAUCUGACUGGCAUAUUGCUGGUUAAGCACAGUCAAUCUGAAGAAAUACCACGUUGCCCGCUAGGUCAAAUCGAAUUAUGGACAGGUUUCUCAAUGUUAUACGUGGACGGUAACGAUUAUGCGCACAACCAAGAUCUCGGAUCGGCCGGCUCUUGCGUGCGUCGCUUCUCAACACUGCCAGUGAUGUCAUGUGGCCAGAACAACGUUUGCAACUACGCCUCGAGAAACGAUAAGACCUUCUGGCUUUCAACAUCCGCUCCCAUUCCAAUGAUGCCUAUCAACAACCAGGAAAUUAGCAAAUAUAUAUCGCGCUGUGUGGUGUGCGAGGCACCAGCGAAUGUCAUCGCUGUACACAGCCAGUCGCUAACCAUUCCCGACUGCCCCUAUGGAUGGGAGAGCCUAUGGAUAGGCUACAGCUUCGUUAUGCAUACUGCCGUUGGUAAUGGCGGUGGUGGCCAAGCGCUAGCAUCGCCCGGUUCUUGCUUGGAAGAUUUCCGCGCCACACCAUUCAUCGAAUGCAAUGGCGGCAAGGGUCACUGCCACUUCUACGAAACAAUGACCAGCUUCUGGUUGGUCACAGUCGAGAACCAUGAACAGUUCCAACGACCAGCAAUGCAAACGCUCAAGGCUGGAAAUCUGCUACAAAGAGUAUCGAGGUGUACAGUGUGUAUAAAAAAUUCGACAUAAGUAAGCUGCAGUCUUAUAUAAACAUUUUUGCCCCCCCCCCCCAUCCUCCAAAUUUGUAUGCCGCCAUUUUAAGCCUAAAGAUAAUUUUAUUGAAUAACUUUAUUAAACUUUACAUUCGAGAAAGCCUGAAACCCUGAAAAAUUGUUACAGGUAACAAUUUGCUAUGAUUUCCUUAUAAUUGCCUUAAAAUGAAAUUUACGCUCACAUUGUAGUUUCUAAUGAUUAUAUUAUAUACAUAUAUAUGUAAUCGAAAAGUACUUGCCCAAGUGUUAAUGUUAAUGUUUACGAAUACUUAUAUAAACCAAAAUGAAACAAAAAUUCUGCCAUUAUACUAUGAAGUUGCAACUGCAAAUGUCUAAAGCUUCUUGUUUUUUAAUUGUAAUAUUAGCAUGUAAAUUAUAAGCGAAACAAAAACUAAAUAAUAAAACAUAACUAAAUAAAUAUGUAAAUGUGUAGUAGCCAUCUAAUUAACUGUAUAUUUGUAUGAAGAGAAAAAUAAUAAAACGAAACACAAAUACCGAAUAUUUAUGUACAGCAAUUGAAUGCAAUCCAUAGGCACAAUCUACAUACAUCCAUAAUUUUUUUUUUUACACUAAACUGCUAAAUAAAGCGAAAAACUUAAAAAUUUUA